AUGGUGGCUGCACAUCUGAACGGCGAAAAAAGACCCGUCCGCGAGUUGGACCAAACCACCACGGACCCGGACAUUGUAGACAGUAGUGCCGGCGCCAAAAAACAGAAAACAGACGAAGCCAAUGAUCCAAUCGAAGAGCCCGAAGAGCCCAUUUCGGCUGACUCAGCACAUGUCAAGGAAUCCCUUUCCACCGUCCGCGACGACUUUGUGCGUGACCUCACGCCCUUGCAAACCAGACCCGUCAAGGUGUGUACAUUGAACCCGCCGGUCGAUACCGAUGGGUUGUCGUGGCCAUCGAAGGGUGCGCGGGCCCGGAUCGAGCAGACGCCCGAGGAGGCCAAGGCGCGGGAGUUGCGCAUUGCGGGCGCGGUCAAGACGAUUCUCACGGAGUUGGGCGAGGACGUGGAGCGCGAGGGGUUGCUAGAAACCCCCGAACGGUAUGCGCGCGCGAUGCUCUACUUCACCAAGGGAUACGAGGAUAACAUGCGCGAUGUGAUCAAGCGCGCCGUGUUCGAGGAGAACCACGACGAGAUGGUCAUCGUGCGGGAUAUCGAGAUCUACUCGUUGUGCGAGCAUCACUUGGUGCCGUUCUUUGGCAAGGCCCACAUUGCGUACAUUCCCAAUAAGAGAGUCGUGGGUCUCUCGAAACUCGCCCGGCUCGCAGAAAUGUACUCGCGCCGGCUCCAGGUACAAGAGCGCUUGACGAAACAGAUCGCCAUGGCGCUUCUGGAGAUCUUGAAGCCGCGCGGCGUGGCCGUGGUCAUCGAGGCCACCCACAUGUGUAUGGUCAGCAGAGGCGUGCAGAAGACGGGCUCGCUGACCAUCACCAGUUGUAUGUUGGGCUGUUUCCGUGGGCAACAGAAGACUCGCGAGGAGUUUCUUACUUUGCUUGGCCGGAAGUAG